CGUCUGUUCAACACCGGAAGUAGAAUUAUCAGCUGAUCCUGCUGGCUUGUUGUUGAUGCCUGAAGUUGCUGUUGUUUGGACACUGUGUUGCUCUUAUCUGCUCCUGACAUUGGAGAGACGUAAAACCCCCGAGAGAGGGACAGUGUGGGCAUUCAUCGACUAAAGGGCUCAUGAGUAACACAAGAAGCGUUCCUCGGCGAGGACUUUAAAUUGACGCACUAGCGGCAGGAGAGCUAGCUUCUUCUGAGCUCGAACCUUCGGGGAAAAAGAAGAAAGACGGCUUGGCGUGCUUUCUUUGUUUAUGUCGUGCCAGUCUGAGUAGAGAUUUUUUUUUGGUCUGGAAUCAUUUUCUUUCUGCACAUACAUUAUUUAUAUUUGUACUUUAUUUCCUUAACGCGAGGAGCAGCUAGCUCGUCAGCUAACGUUAGCCCAUAGCGCAAAGAAACAGUCUUGUUGUCAACCUCUGAGGCUUUCGUAACCGACCCACAGUGACAGAUAACAGGAGCUCACAGUGGAAGAAGUCGGGCUAGAGAACUAAAAAUCCUGCCUCUGUGUUGUUCUGCUGACUGUCACUUCAUCGGGGGCUGUGUUGAGACAGGACAUAGCGGAACAAGUGGAUAUUUAGUGGACAGAUGGAGACAGUUUGAGGAGUCUUUGGAUGUGAAACAAGAAUCGGAUGAGUUCAGUUGUUUGUGGUUUUUUAAAUAUCGAUUUUAGGCACACAACCAAGUAAUAGGUGAACUAAUAGCUGGCCUUGUUCGUGUCAGGUUGGCAGGUUGCGUAAUUUGUUUGUGUGCAAGCUGUCAGCCUUUGUGCUGCCACGAUUAAACUCUUAUUCAAAACCUUUGUUUCUCCAUCAGCCUAGUUCAUGUUGUAGAUGUCAUUUUAAUUAUACAUCAUUCCUCUCUGAUACCGUGAUCAUUUCAGUAACACAUGACAUGUGAUACAGUGACCAUUUCUUACUGUAGCACACAGUUUGAGUAGCUGUUCGUGGCUCACACUCAUGAAUUUGUUAGCUUUGGGAAUAUAAGUAGAUAGAGUUAUGAAUUAAAGUAGCUAUCUGAAGCCAUUGUGAGACAGCGUUGAGAUCAGGGAGAGAGGCAAAAAGAAAGGGUCCCCCCAGAGGGUCCCAUCGUGUCUUAAGGUGAGGUGAGCUGCCCCCCACUACUUGCCAAUGCUGGAUCUGGAGGUGGUGCCUGAGAGAUCACUAGGAAAUGAGCAAUGGGAAUUUGCCUUAGGGAUGCCAUUGGCCCAGGCCAUAUCUAUUCUUCAGAAACACUGCCGCAUCAUCAAAAAUGUCCAGGUGCUAUACAGUGAACAGACACCACUCAGCCAUGACCUCAUACUGAAUUUGACUCAGGAUGGGAUUAAACUGCUGUUUGAUGCCACAAAUCAGAGACUCAAGGUGAUCGAAGUGUAUGACUUGAGCAAAGUCAAGUUGAAAUACUGUGGAGUCCAUUUCAACUCUCAGGCCAUUGCCCCAACAAUAGAGCAAAUAGACCAGUCAUUUGGAGCUACACACCCUGGAGUUUACAAUGCUGCAGAGCAGCUGUUCCAUCUCAACUUUCGAGGCCUGUCCUUCUCCUUCCAACUGGACUCAUGGAACGAAGCUCCAAAAUAUGAGCCUAACUUUGCCAUGGGUUUGGCCUCCCUGCAGAUUCCACAUGGGGCAAUGGUCAAGAGGAUGCACAUCUACACCGGCAACAACCUGCAAGAAACAAGAGCCCCAGUGAUGCCGCUGGCUUGUUUCCUUGGUAACAUAUAUGCAGAUGGUGUGGACGUCCUGAGAGACCAGGCAGGGCCUCUUGGGCUCAAACUGCGCCUUCUCACAGCAGGUUGUGGUCCGGGUGUGAUGGCUGAUGCUAAAGUCAGGUCCCUUGAAAGAAACAUCUUCUUUGGGGACUCCUGUCAGGACGUUCUGGGUGCUCUGGGCUCACCACAUAAAGUCUUUUACAAGUCUGAGGACAAGAUGAAGAUCCACUCUCCAUCACCUCACAAGCAGGUUCCCUCUAAAUGUAACGACUACUUCUUCAACUACUUCACCCUCGGAGUGGACAUCCUGUUUGACUCUACGACACACCUGGUCAAGAAGUUUGUUCUUCACACCAACUUCCCUGGACAUUAUAAUUUCAAUAUAUAUCAUCGAUGUGACUUUAAGAUUCCCCUGGUCAUUAAGAAAGAGGGAGCUGAUUCUCAGACAGAGGACUGCAUCUUAACCACCUACAGCAAGUGGGAUCAGAUUCAGGAGCUGCUGGGUCAUCCUAUGGAGAAACCCGUCGUCCUCCACAGGUCUUCUUCAGCCAAUAACACCAACCCCUUUGGCUCUACCUUCUGCUUUGGACUGCAGAGAAUGAUCUUUGAGGUGAUGCAGAAUAACCACAUAGCAUCAGUGACCCUCUAUGGAGCUCCACGGACCUCCAGUCAAGCCAGACCCGGGUCCAGUAGUAGUUCCCACUGAACAAGUAACCAGAACCAUAUCCCAUUUGGCCUGUUCUGAAUCUAGUACCUCUACUGACUGAUCCUGUAACCCAGAGCCAGAUUCCUAACCAAGCAGACUUAAACCUGAACUACAGAAAUAUUGUUGCUCAGCUCAUAUGCUACUCAUAAAACCAGAACCCACAAACAACCAAAUCAGACCUGGUAUUGAUCAACUAUUACUGGUCAUUCUGAAGACUCAGUCCUUCAGUCUGCACAAUAAACCCAACCCAGGCAGUCCUUCAGCUGUUUCCGGUCUCAUGCAGCGACUGCAUCUACCCAAAACCAUAGAAGAAGAGGAGUUUGUUGAGACUGUAGUAAGGUUGGCCUGGUUGCACCAGUAAGAUGUGACAGCAGUCUGUUGAAGACAACAACCUCCAUAACUGUGUGGAGGAUGAUCAGCAUUUAAAGAUCUCAGUGUUCAACAUCUAACAGAGAGUCGUGGAAACGUAUCAUCGCCAAUAAACACUGCUGCAGCCAAAGUCUUGAACACACACUCUGGCCCACUGAAUACACAUCAACUGAUCACACUGCCAGCCCAACCAGGCAGUACCGCCUGUCUUCCUGCCACAGCUCCAGAACAAGACCCAAAUGUCUUCACAACCAGAACACAUCCAAACCAGCCCAGCCCAGCCCAGCCCAGCCCAAACCAGAGCCAUCGAGAAGCUACAGAGAACUGUUACCAAAAAACGGACGAACAUGAGAAGCCAGAUUCUGAAGGACAAGAGAAGAACCAAACCCACUCAGGGUUUGGAGAGACAAGCGGCGCACAGCCCGGGUGAUCAGAUAUAAAGUCCCAUAAAGCCAAACGAUCCAAACACCCGACAUCAGCUCCACCGAAGAUCGUCUCCCUUGUCCAACUUCAUAUUCACCCUCCCACAGCUUUCUUCAGUGGUGCCCACAAAUACACACACACACACACACACACACAAACACACACACACACACACACACACAAACACACACACACACACACACACACACACACACACACACACACACACACACACACACACACACACACAAACACACACACACACACAAACACACAAACACACAAACAUGCACACACACGCACAAGCACACAGCGGUAAGAACUCUAUUAUCCCACAGCUGUUUGACUUCCGGACGUUUGUGUGCCUGUCCUUGCUUACACACCCGCAUAAAUGAGCAUCUGCAUGUGAUUGGCUGCUGGUAUUGAAAUUAACAUUUUAACUGACCUCGAGUCAAGCACACACACACAGACACACACACACACACACACACAGACACACACACACACACACAGACAGACAGACACACAGACACACAGACACACAGACACACAGACAGACAGACAGACAGACACACACACACACACACACACACAGAACGUUUCAGUUCCUUCACUUCUCUACUCAGAUGUUCAGAUGUAUUCCUGAUAGGUGAGAGCUGGUUUAUCUUUGAAAAUGCAGACAUGGAAACAUGCAGGCAUGACAUGAGAAUUUGCAUGAACUUGGCAGACGUUUUGACGAAAGGUGAAAUCUAAUUACAAGCACAAACUGGUGACCUGCUCUCUUUGUUUGAUCCUGCAUGAUGUGAGGGGCUUUGACCUGGCACACAGUUUGUUUUUGAUUUCCCUCUGCCCUGCUUCACUCACACCAUGACCACUUUAUUUGUGUUCUUUUGAAAAACAACCAUUUUUACAUUUGCACUAAAACACACCUUUUUACUUGAUUGGUUAUUGUUUUCCGGUCCUCAGAGAUGUAAUUGUGGAGACUUUUAGAGAUGUGUGUGAAUGUGUGUGAGGUUUUAUCCAUGAGCUCUGACACAGCAAAGAUGCUCUGUGGAUGUAUUUUUUGCUGAUGUCCUCUGUGUCACUCUCUUUCAUCCCUACAUCCCACUGAAGCAUCGCAAUUCAUCCCUCAGCCGUGUCUGCAUUUAUUUCUUUGUUGAAUUGCCAAAUGCUAUAGCCAAAGACGUUUCAGGAUGACUUUCAUUUGAUCUUCUGACAUCACUGUAAUCUUCUAUCUGAACCUGUCCCAUGGAGAGAGUGGCUCCUUUUCUUCUGCAUCUUGUGUUUCUCAGCUGGAUGUCAAAGAAAAGCCAUUACCCUUGUGAAGCCUCUAAAUCCAGCUCCUGCUUUCUGUAACUGCUGACAGUAAUUGCACAGCGCGACAAUAGCUGACUGAAAUGAGAGGUUUUAAAACAACAAUCCCACUCGUCUGUCAUCUGGAUCUAGUUUCUGCUGGAGACACAUUAACAAUAGUUCCAGCUACUGUUGUGCAGCCCCCGGUUCUGUCUUGCACGGUGCUUAUUGUCAUCAGUGCGUUCUAAUUUAAAUAAUUUGUCUUAUUUCUCUGUGGAAUGAGUACGUGUGAACGAGUCUGAGACAUGGGGAAAGAAUCAGGCAUUCCAUCAUCAUAACAUUUGUUUGAAUCUUCCUCCCAAUGUUUGCAUUUACUACCCUUUUUCAUCAUAAGCAUUUGAAUAAACUGUGUAUUAAUUUUAAUACACAUGUUCGCUUUUAUUGUCCUGAGGUGCAAAUGCCAUUAGUGUUUUUUUGUUUCGUUUUUCUCUAUUGCUGAAUCUUGAAUUGUUCUGUCAAUAUGAGGGCUUCAGGGUUGAAUCAAAGUCUGCAAACCUGACUGAAUGCUCAAAGUUCUGGCAGCAGAUUCCAGAGAGUGCUAAGUUGGAUGCUUCUUAGCAGUUUGCAAAGAUACAGGAUUUCUGUCUUUAUUGAUUUUUAUCUGCUGUUUGGGUGGUUCAAAUUUCAAUCUGUCGUGUACCUUUUACAACCCCAACACACUGAAUUAAUUGACCAAUUUGACUGAUUUCAAGCUUUCCCCAAAACAAAGUGUCACCGCAAUGCGUGUUGACUUCAGCCAGCAGCAUCCACAGAAGAUCUAUUUCAUGUUAAAAUGUAGAUUUAUUAAACCCCUGAUUACAGCAAACUCUAGUUUUAUCUACAGUAUUCUUCAUUCGGUACAUUUUCCAGCACAACUUGGCUUUGCGCUCAGACUGUUUGGACACAUUUCUUGUGAUAAUUUAAUGUGCAAAUAACCUUGUUAGAGAGCAUUUAAAGAAAAGGCUUCCAUCCAGUCAGUCCAUCUGUUCUGAGUGACUGCUCUGUGUUCCGACCCUGAUGCUUUGAGUUGAUGUUGAUGUACAUGCUGUAAAUAGUUGUGUGCUCUUACUCUAGUGUCCUUUUAUUAACGUGAUCUCAACGGCACAAACACAACUGACUCAGGCACCCGCCGAGUAUCCUGAUACUCCUCCAUGAUUCUGAUUACACGUACAACUCAGGAGGAGACAUCAGCGCACAUGAUGCAUCAACUAUCACUGGAAUUUUUUUUUUUUGUCUUUAACCCUCAGACCACUCAGUAUUGAAACAUAUUCUUGUGCAAUGUAAAAGCUGCAGGUACAGAUAAGUGUUGGGUGCCAGGUGAUAGCCCUGCUUGAGCUCUGCUUGACCUGCUUCUGCAGGGGGUUCAAGUUUGCCAUAAAAUACGAAGGAACGUUUAAGACGACAGAAAAACAAGAUCUGUCUAGAUGUUUUGCAUUUAGAGGAGAACUGUGCUAAAGAUGUUUUUGUGGAGUGGACAGUGGACACACUGAUUCAGAGUCCAGCACAGGCAUGUUGCUGGACUUUACGUCCACUUGUUUACAGUAGAAAAAAAUGUAUCUUUGACAGCAGCUGUCUUGCGGUCAAACCCAGUAAGCUGAUGUGGUUUCUGGAGGAAAUUAGUCAUUUAAAAGAUGAAUUGAUUUCUUCAUCAAGCUUCCAGGUUUAAGAUGUUGAAGAGUGAUGGCUGUCCAGCAUAAAAAGAUACAAGCUCCCUCAUUCUUUCCUGGUCUGUCCGCAUCUUGAGUUUAAAGGGGAAACUGAUGUAAUAUAACAUAAAAGCUGUAUUAAAACUUUUUCUAAAAAUGUGCUUUUCAGCAAAGUUGAGAAAAAAAACACAAAACUGUUGAACAUUGUGCCUCAUCUCCCACCGAGCCUGUCUUUGACUUCUGUCUCUAUCUCCUCUGUAAAAAGUAAUCUCCUUGUACAUACAAUUUGAGAAUGCAUUUGAACUGAAUCAUUGUACAGUACAUAUGUAUGCGUGUCACUGAGCAUUAGCAACAAGCUAACAUAAUACGACCGUCUCAGCUGUUUAAAUGUUUUCUGUUACCUGUAGAGAACGGCAGCUUAGGUUGGGUUUCCCAUGAUGAUGAUGAUGAUGAUGAUGAUGAUGGGUUUCACAGACAUUUUGUGUUUAUUACUUCAAGAAAACACCAAGAAAGUGCCCAAAAUGUUAGCUAGUAAUCUGUUAUUGUGAAAUGAUUGAUUUAAACAAUGCAGAUGCCAAAUUAAACAAACAGUCUGAUGGUCUCUGUAUGAAAACUUAGAACGUGGGCUUCAGAAAUUUUAUUUGAACUGAAGGGAAACUUAAACAUUGCUCCAGUGGAAGCACAGAGGUGCAUGUGGAAGGAUUACAAACUGUACAUUCAGACGCAAAUCCAGUCAGGACCAGAAACAGUACACACAUUAAAUGUGGGUGUAAUACGAAAAAGUUGUACCCAUCUUUGGUAAACCCAACUUAACGCCAAAGACGGUCAGUUCUGCGAGGAUGCUUUAUUACUGAGAGACAGAGCGAGGAGCUUUAGGGUGCUGGGUAGUUAAUCUCACCCAAACUCAGGUGGACAUAUCACAUCCUUGUUUUUCUAACGUUUAUGAGUGAGAAACAGUGAAGUCAGGAAGGCUGAGUGCUUUUUAACUUCCACCUUCUUUCAUUUUCUAUGAUUUUGUUGACUGCAGGAAUGAAUGAUUGUCAUAACCAGAUUGUUGUAAUUUAUAAUGGACAGCUUCAGUUCAGUGUAAUGAUAAUCUCAUAUUAACGCUUUGUAUUGUCUGUUAUUGGUAUCAUAUGUUCUGUUGCCCAUCUCGCUUCUCCUCCUCAGAGUAUUUUUUGUGGACAUUUUAAGCCCGUUUCUGGAAAUGGGGUGUUCUACAUAAUUAAAACUUGUGAAAUUCA